AUGAAGUCAUCGUCAUUUCGACUGCCAAGACAAGCUUCCAUUUACAUUAAAAUAUUUGUUUUACUUCUUUUGAUGGUCGUUGUGCUGAACAGUUUUGCAGAUUUUGCAGAAAUUUGGCAGAAAAUUUGUGAUGUGAAUAAAAAAAUCAGAAAUGUUCAAUAUUUGAAUCAAAAGCUUUUUGGAAUGGACAACUUAACUUUGGACACUGAAAUAAUUGAGGAAUCGAACAUUAUGAUUGAACAAGUGCGUGCAAAGUUCCUUGAUCUUGAUGAUGGAAUCACUGAUGAGACUCGGCAGAUUAUGAAGGAACUUAACAUCACAAAUGCUGGUGAAAAUGGUGAUCCAGUCUCGAUAGAUGCUAAAAAUAUUGAUUACAUCCUCAAACGUGAUAAGAUGUUGCGUGAUAUUUAUGGAUACAAUGGAUUAGCAUCCAGUAUGGUCAGCCUUAAUCGAGCAUUGCCUGACAAUCGAAGUGAAUAUUGCAAGACCAAAAAGUAUCCGAAAAAUCUUCCAAAAGCUUCUGUUGUGAUUCCUUUUCAUGAUGAUGACUGGAUGUUGCUGAUGCGGACUGUCCAUUCGGUUCUGCUAAGGACUCCUGAUCAUCUGCUUGAAGAGAUUCUUCUUGUUUUUGAUUAUUCAGAUAGAGAAUAUUAUCAGCAACAACUCAAUGAAUACAUCAAAAAGUAUCCAAAAAUUCGACUAAUCAGGUCACAUAGAAGGCAAGGAAUCAUCCCAACUAGGAUCAUGGGCGGGAUGAAUGCAAUUGGACCUGUAAUCGUGUAUUUAGACUCACAUGUGGAGGUGGGUCCUGGAUGGAUUGAACCGAUGCUUGCGAGAUUAGAUGAAGAUCCAAAAGUACUAGCUUGGGCUAAGAUUUCAAGCAUUGAUGCUAAUACAAUGAAAGUUUCCCUUGACGACAGCCCCGGUGGACUCGGAACCUUCAGUUGGGAUCUAGUAUUCAAAUGGUUGGACAUCAGCUCAUACGAAGGUAACAGACCGACUGGAAAGUAUGACCCGAAACCAACACCAACAAUAAUUGGACCUUGCUAUGCUAUAAGGAAGGAUUUUUACCACAAAAUUGGCUAUUUGGAUCCAGACUUCGACAUUUGGGGUGGUGAAGAUGUAGAACUGGCAUUCAGAACUUGGAUGUGCGGCGGUCGAGUCGAAAUGAUUCCAUGCGCAGUUGUAGCUCACAUGUUCAAAUGGCACACCUACGAAACCAAAGUAAAAAGCCAAAACAGCGUCCUUUACAACAACGACAGAAUAGCUGAAAUAUGGCUUGAUGAUGAGUACAAGAAGUAUUACUAUAGAUCCGUUGGAGAAACAAAGAACAGAGACUAUGGAAAUAUUACAGAUAGAUUGGAGCUCAAGAAGAAGCUUGGCUGCAAGUCCUUCAAAUGGUUUCACGAAAAUGUCCAUCCGAACUUAAUUAUUCCUUCAUAUCUGUCUGAUGAGACAUGGAAGAAGAAAGAAGAAACCGAAAAGAAACUCAAUGACAUGAGAGAAAAAGCAAAAAAAGAAAAAGAAGAACUUAAGAAAAAAUAG